AUGAGCGGGGCUCCUAUACGCAUCCUGGUGUACGUAGUUGCCGUGGUUCUGCUGAUUUUGACCCAGGUGGUCUUCCUCGUCAUUGUCUCGCAUGGCACUAAGGACGGCAUCUCGGGCAUCAUCAGCGACGGCUUCGAACGCCUCUGGGAGGUGGAGCGCAAUGUGAGCGGGGAUUUUGCCUACUACGAGAACUGGCUCCACUGCUGCGGAGUGAACAGUUCCGAGGACUACUGGAUUAUCCACCACGCCAUCCCCUCGAGCUGCUGUCUGGACAACAAGUGCGUGGACCAGUCCAGUGUCUACAAGAUCGGGUGCAAGGCCGCAUACACCGAGUAUCUCGACGACAAGUUGCUGGUCUUCCAAAUCGUCUGCUGGCUACUUGUCAUCGGAGAGGCUGUGGGAGCUGUCUUAUGUUGCUUGCUGUACAGCAACUUGAAAAACGAGACCUGA